AAAGUCAAAAUUGGGGAAGUCGAUCUUUCGAACGGCUCCAUUGUUGAAGGUGAAGAAAGAUCCAACUGUGAAUCGUCAAUCUCUUUUAUCUCUUCUUCAACAAUCCUUACCUCUCUGUAAUCACUUUCAAAUCAAAGGAUUAGCCGUAAUAUUAACUGUAAUCAUCCAUCCAUCUCUAGAUUUGCAAAAGCGAUAGCAUUACCUGCUUCCUUCUUGCUUCCCCUCUCUUUGAUGUUAUUCGCAACUUAUCUGCUAACUGAAGCUUAAAGGAAAGUUCUACGACGUAAUUAAGAAGAGAUCUCUGGUAUCGUCUAUAGAAGAUGGAUAUGGCUGUCAUCAGUCCGAUGACUGAUAGUUCUACAGACGGUGACAUUGACGAUAGGAACGUGAGGUUCCAGAGUGAGCAAUCUAUGGGAAUUGUUGGUUCUGAUAAUGGUGAUAAGACAAGAGAUCAGAAGACACAACGUAGGUUAGCUCAGAACCGCGAAGCUGCUAGGAAGAGCCGAUUGAGAAAAAAGGCAUAUGUUCAACAACUAGAAACUAGCAGAGUAAAGUUGAGCCAACUUGAGCAGGAGCUGCAACGAGCUCGACAACAGGGCAUAUUUAUUUCAAGUUCUGGGGAUCAAUCUCAAUCAAGUAGUGGUAGUGGAGCGUUGGCAUUUGAUGUAGAAUAUUCACGCUGGCUGGAGGAGCAAAAUAAAAAAGUGAACGAACUGAGAAGUGCUGUCAACUCUCAUGCGGGUGAUACAGAACUACGCAUGAUUGUGGACAGGAUCUUGGCUCAUUACGAUGAUAUCUUCAGGAUCAAGGGUGAUGCGGCAAAGACUGAUGUGUUCCAUAUAUUGUCUGGCAUGUGGAAAACACCUGCAGAGAGGUGCUUUCUAUGGCUUGGUGGAUUCCGUUCUUCUGAACUCCUAAAGUUGCUGAUUAACCAGUUGGAGCCUUUCACUGAGCAACAGCUAAUGGGCAUCACCAACUUGCAGCAAUCUUCUCAACAAGCAGAAGAUGCAUUGUCACAGGGGAUGGAGGCAUUGCAGCAAUCCUUGUCUGAAACAUUGGCUGGAUCUGUCAAUCCAUAUGGUUCAUCUGGAAAUGUCGCAAAUUACAUGGGACAAAUGGCUAUGGCUAUGGGAAAGCUAGGUACUCUUGAGGGAUUCAUUCAUCAGGCAGACAAUCUAAGACAACACACAUUCCAACAACUGCAUAGAAUACUAACAACUCGACAAUCAGCGCGGGCAUUACUUGCUAUAAAUGACUAUACUUCUCGGUUACGUGCACUUAGUUCUCUGUGGCUUGCUCGCCCCCGCGAAUGAGAGAAGGCUGCCAUCUUCUUCUUCAUCUGUCAAUAUAUAUCCAAACUCCAAAUUUGAGGAUUUUUAUUUAAUUUGAGGACUCUAUUAGACUAGUCACUUUCUACCAUUGAUCUAAUUAGGUGUGAUUUGCAUAGAUAGCUUUAAGUGGUGAAAGUCCCAUUUGGUAGUCUUUUCAAAUUCAAAUUGUUGUAAUUUAUAAUACAAUUCAAGGGAAGAAAAUGUCAAUUAUUAUUGUAUUGUGA